AUGUGUCCUCCUCCAGCAAAGGUUACCACAAAAGGUGCACCGAAGAAACUGAUGAACAGAAAGCCAAGGUCAACAAAGCGUGAUCCAUCUUAUUGGGAGUAUGUAGAUGCUUUUAAUUCUAUGCAAAAUAGCAAUUCCUCAGUGAGGCGUAGUGCAUCAUCUUUUGAGCAGCCCAAUCCAAGAAGGAUCAUGCCUAUGUUGGAUCAAUUUCAGCCAUUUAUCCAUGACUUCAUUGAUAACAUUGUUGAUGUCAAAGCUGAUGGAAACUGUGAAUAUCGGUCAGUUGUCGGUUUAUUAGGUAUGGGUGAAGACUCUUGGUCGUUGGUCUAUAACCAUCUGCUUAAAGAACUUGGAAAAUUCUCAUAUAAGUAUAUCAAGCUCUUUGGUGGCACGGACAGAUUUGAGGAAUUAAGGAUGUCAUUACUUGUUAAUGGGUUAACCAAGGUUUAUUUAAAAGACCAUUGUCCUUUACCACCUGUAGCAUUGUUAUGGUCUAGCAAUUGUCAUCCUUAG